UUCUAUAAAUACGAACUGUCAAAAAACGGGAGUCUGAAAAAAAAGAUUUUAUUGUGAAUUUAUUGAAAUAUUUUUGAUUAUUUCUACACAUAAAAAAUGUCGGAUAACAAGGAAGUAGCGAAUAAGGACGUGGAUCCUGAAUUGGAUGAUUUAUUAGACAGUGCACUCCAAGACAUGACAAAGAAGGAGAGCGCAGAGGAGCAGAAGCCCGAGGGCUCUGGCGAGCUCGCACAGAACAUGUGGAGCGAGGAGUUCAUUAAGGAGGCGGCCGCUCAGUUCGAAAGCAACAUGGCCGCCAUUCUCGGCAGCUUUAACGGUGUCCCAGAGGAACAAAUCACACAAGAACAGAUCGCUCAGACGUUUUCCAAAAUGGCUGAGGCAGCCGCGCAGGUGCUGAAGCCCUCGGGCGCCGAGGGCCCGGCCGAGAGCCCCGCUGACCACGAAAAGAUUGAUGAGGUGUCGGCAGCGAUCUCCCAAACGCUACAGAAUUUGAACAGCAACACAGAGAACCUUCAGACCCCGUUCUCCGACCAAGACUUGGCGAAUAUGUUCGGUAACUUCAACUUGGCUGAUGGGGGACAGGACGGCAACAUGUUCGUUCCUUUCAUGCAAGGCAUGAUGCAGUCUCUGCUCUCGAAGGAAGUACUGUAUCCAUCGUUGAAGGAGCUAGUGGAUAAAUACCCGGCGUGGUUACAAGAGAACAAGGGGAAGAUUGAGCAGAGCGAAUAUGAGAGGUUCUCGAGCCAGCAGCAGCUGAUGCGGGAGGUGUGCGCGGAGCUGGAGCCCGAGCUGGACUCUGACCCGGACGAGGUCAAGAGGAGGCGCUUCGAGAAAGUGCUCGACAUGAUGCAGAGGAUGCAAGACCUGGGCCAGCCCCCCACGGAGCUGGUGGGCGACAUGAGCUCAGCGCCGCACGGCUUCGCGUCCCCCGCGGGACGCGAGGCCGCGCAGUGCUGUCUCAUGUAGCCGGCCGCCGCCACUCGCGACACUCUGCCCGGGCUAAAUUGUAGAGCGUAGCCACGUGAGACGGAACUAUUGCGAAUAAGGGACAAAAGAGGGAAUUAAAAAAAAGUAAAAAUCGAUAAAACGCUCAGAUGAAAUAGAAGCGACAGAAUUAGCGCUCUGUCUCUUUCUACUUGUGUAUUUAUAGAAAGUCUCUUGUUAACUGAAAUGUAUUUGGCGAUGUCUAUAAUUUUGUCUGUCUACGCUUUACAAUAUGGAGAUGAGAUGUGACUUUGACGGCUUAUUCUGUCGUCGAUUUUGACAUGUAUUGGAAACUGAUAUGGGUUAAGGAGCGCUUCGUAAAGUUUAUUGACGCUUCGCAAGGCUUCGUGAUACUUCGGACGGUGUAUUAAAAAUUUUCGGUGACAAAGUGAUGCUUCGUUGUACUUCGCGUCACUUCCGAAGACUUCGUUACACUUGGAAAAGCUUUUGAAGUCAUAGUAAAAGUAUAAAAAAUAUUAGAAACAUUAAUUCCAAUUGAAUUUUCCAUAUAUUUCUACUAUUUCGGCUGUAAAUUUAUACACUUUUACACUGCCAUCAUUCUCUGUUGUUGUGUGUCUCGAAAAUUUCGCGAAGCGCUUCGUAACACAACGGACGGAAAGAAUGGAAAUUUUGAAAUUCGCGUCAAAAAUAUGGUGCUCUGAGGACUAAUGCUCGUGAUGUAUUUUUUAAAUCAUUAACUCAUGGACUACAGCGCGAGUGUCAAAAUUGUGUAUAUAUAUUCGUUAUUUGUUUUUUUUAAUAGUUUUACAUAUAUACAUAUAAAUAUGUAUAAAAUAUGUGUUUUAUUUUAUUCACAUUGGAGUGUAAUUUUCCUUGUAUAAAAUUAUACAUUUUAUACUACUGAUUUGGUAUACCUUUUCAGUAGUAUGAAAUAAAAUAGGUUUUGUUAUAUUCCAUUCCGUGUUUUUAUGGAAAUUCGUUGGAAAAAUCUACAUCUUAAUUUCUCUAGAAUCUAUCGUAAUAAAGGAAUAUUCUUUUAAAUGUAAUUGAUGGUUUCAGAGAUUACAGCGUUCUAACAAACAAACACUUUUAUUUAUUCGUGUAUUAGAUCUCGAAAUAGUCACAAAACGAGAAAUAUAUAAUUUUAAAUUAUAACAUUAGAUUUAUUACAAGACAUAGCAUUUAUUUAUUACACAAGACUUUUGAGGUUCGUUUCAGGGCUCUGUGCCAACCGUAAAUUAUUUAAGUCGUGACAUGCAAAAUUAGAAGCAGGACUUGAAGAUACAAGCAACGUUGGGCUUUAAUAUUAUGAGCCUUAAAACUCAAUUUUGCUUGGCAUCGUAUUAUGAUACGUAAGCUCCGUAUUUUUUUACAAGUCUUAUGUAAACAAUCCAUGUCUUUUUAUGAUUUUACAGCACAAUAAAUUAAAACAGACUUCAGGAAAUUACUUUGGUGGUUAAUAAACGUUUUACUUUAGAAUGUGUAGAUUUGAGCUAAUAUUUGAUUUAUUUUCAACAAAAUUCAAGUAGUGGGAACAUUGUUUACUUGUUAGGACUUGUAAGAAAAAAAUCGAGUGUAGUACAGUCAACAGCACAUCAAGCUACCCUGCAUGAUCCUCUAUGGUGCGGUAAUAGCGACGAGUUUGCAAUUAAUUUGGGUAGGUUGAUGUGCUGUUGACUGUACGUACGUACAUUCAAGAACAGUUACAAACAUGAAUUUUGUUAUGAAAUAUUUAUAGAAAUAUAUUGGUUUCUUGGUUAUUGGUAUUAGUUUUGGUAGAGGUGUGUUGUGCCAAAGAUCGACAACACAACACUUUAGAAAAAAUGUCAGAAACAGUUUCAUUCGUAAAAUUACGAUUAUAAUUCGACCAAUUUAAAUGUGUCUUGCCCGAUCGCGCUAAUAAUUUUCGCUGAAUCAUAAUUCACAUCAUCUAUUUAGAACGAACUCGGUGACGCAGUGGUAAAGUUCUUGCCACCGAACCGAGAGGUCCCGGGUUCGAUCCCCGGUCAUGAUGGAAAAUUAUCUUUUUCUGAUUGGCCCAGAUCUUCGAUGUUUAUCUAUAUAUGUAUUUGUUAUAAAAUAUAGUAUCGUUGAGUUAGUAUACCAUAACACAAGUCUCGAACUUUGGUGCUAGCUCAAUCUGUGUGAUUUGUCCUAAUAUAUUUAUUUCUCUAUUUAGAAGUUACACCUUCACAGACACUACAUCACGUCAAAUUUUAUGUUAUAUAGUGAUUUCUUAAGAAGCUACAAGGUACCGAUAUUUCGGAACGACCGUUGCCGAGAAGAAAUGCCGAUCGCAAGCUAACUUAAAUCAUAUCGUUAUUUUUUUACCUAAACUGAACCGUAAACCAACCAAUGUCUAUGUCGAAUGAAAACCAAAUCAUUUAUUCAGAAAUUAUACCUUCACAGGCACAUUUCCACGUCAUGUUCUAAAUUAAAUAAUAUUUAACAAAGCUACAAACUACUAGCAUUUCGGAACGACUGAAACAGAAACAGAACGCUGAGAAGAAAUAAAUAUAUUAGGACAAAUCACAAAAAAAAAGAAAAUAAACUCAUUCAAACAGCGUUGGUCCCUAUCAUGCCUUUGUAUUGCGCAGUAUGCCAGGCUUACCAUUUUGUAUGCUGUUGUCAAAAUUGCAAGUUUCGAAGAUGCAAUUGUAACAGGAAUGGUAAAAAAAAUGCCAAAAUGUAAAAGAUUGAAUUGCGAUGCAGCGGAAAUUAUUAGCAAGACUGUGGAGCUGGGGGCUACCAUGAAACAUACAACACGCCAUUGCGUCCAUCCGUUCUCUCUUUCACACGAUGCGUACACGGUAUGCGAAAACGAGACAGCAUGUUGCCGUUAGUAACGUGCGACGUGCUUGUAUCCUUCGUGGUAGGCCUUCAGUUAUAUCUAAAAAGGAGUUGAUAUAUUUUAACUAAAUUAAUUUGUUACUAUUAAAAUGUAAAAUAUUCUGAAAUGUGAUCCCAUUAUCAAAGCGGAGUGGAGUUGGUUUUAAUUUGUUUGAGUGUUUGUACAAUCAACAGAACAUAAAGCUACCCAGCAUCAUUGCAAAUUCGUCCCUAUUACUGUCACAUAGAGUACCAUAUAGUGUAGCUUGACAUUCAUUUUAUUGUACAUGUUUUAACUACAGUCUCAGAAAACUGAUUUUUCGAAAUAAUUUUUUUUUCUGUUGCAAUACCAAAUUGGAAUUAAAAGUCAUGAAACUAUUUAGGUACAGUCUGUCAAGAAAGUGAUGAAAACUAAAACUAUUUUUUUUUGCAUUGCAACACCAAAUAAAAUUAACAUGAUUGGUUGAUAAACCCAGUGUUGCCAGCCAACAGAACACAGCGCCCUUAUUUAUUUGCUACUUUUUAUAAGCAGACUGUAUAUUUUAUCAUAGAAAUAUACACAUUAAUCCUAUACUAUUCAUUAAAAAGAUAAGCAUACUUUUUACUUUACUAAGCUAAAGUAUGUUUAGUCUUGUUCUGUUAAUGCGAAAUUUUGUAAAGUGCUAUAGUGACACAACAUACUUUAGCUUAUAGUAUGCUGUAUAUUUGUUAUGAAUAAAAUGGUAAAAAUAUUAAUAUAAAUAAAAAAUAAUCUGAUUCUAAUUAAAUGUUAUUAGUAUUGAUGGAUUAAUUUAUGAAACACAUGUGAUUGUGACUGUACUUACGGUGGUUCUCGAACUUCUCGAGAAUGCGCGGACACGGCGAGGAAAUGUUCUCGGUAAUUCUAGAAAAAAAUAUUCAUAACGUUCCCUUUAAAUUAUCAAUGAGAAUUUUCUUGAAAUUCUGCGGGAAUUUUCAUGGGAGGAAAUUUUCGAGAACACAAUUUCUCUGUGGCACUUCGCAAAUUUUGUUCGCUCUGCUCCGUAUAAAAAAAGUAUUUAUGACGGCACAAAUUGACACAAUAUAUUUGUAUAAUAAUUUAAUUGUAUCGUGUUUAAUUUAUUAGUUGAUUAGUUCAGUUGUUUAAUAAAAAAUAUAAAAGUUG